AUGGAUGCCCAGAGAGCCAUGCUUCUGCUCAAGAUGUACUUGCUGCUGAUAGGAGUGGUUCUGCAGAACAUCCUCAACCUCUGCCAGUGGUAUCAACAGCAAUGUGCAGGCGGAGGAAGGGAGUGGGUGAGUGGACGCUUGCGGAGGGCCCAGUGCGCCCGUCGUCGCCAGGAAUACCUCCGUGCGCUUGCCAGGGAAAGCCUGGGAAGACUCCACCGGCUACAGGCGGCGCGGCGGGCACGUGCCGCUGCUUUGAUCGCGCUCCGUGCAAGGAGGAUGCGUCCACGGAGAUGUUGGGUUUUCCCCAAGCCGGAGCAGUGGUACGACGACUUCGUCCUCGGCGUUUGGGACGAUGAGAGGUGGAUCCGUAACUUCCGCAUGACCAGGGCGACCCUAUUUGAGAUUGCGGAGCAGCUGAGGCCCCACCUUGAGAGGCAGAGGACCAUCAUGAGGAAGCCGCUCCCUCCGCAUAAGCGGUUGGCCAUAACCAUUUGGUGGCUGUCCAGUCUUGAGACCUACCGGGAGGCCGCAAACCAUUUCGGAGUUGGGGAGUCUACUGUCAGUACCGUUGUCAUGGAGGUGUGCCUGACCAUCAAACUGGUCCUCCUCAGAAAAACAGUUUUCCUGGGUGAUCACGAAAAGAUCAUGGAUGGAUUCCUGGCCAUGGGAAUGCCCCGUUGCGUGGGAGUUCUGGGUGGUUGCCACAUUCCAAUCCAUGCGCUAAAAGGACAGGGCCUGGACUCCACGAACCGAAUAUCGUUCUACUCCAUGCUGCUCCAGGGAACAACAGAUCACCGUGGUCGCUUCAUUGAUAUCGAGAUUGGUUGGACUGCGAAGAACCGUGAUGCAUUCAUUUUCCACAGCUCCGCCCUGUGCCAGGCAAUGGAUGCCGGGGUCUUUGUGCCAGGCAACCCUACUGUCCUCAUUAACAAUGUCCUGGUUCCACCCCUCAUUCUGGCUGACUCCGACUACCCCAUGCGGAGGUGGCUGAUCAAGCCGUACAAAGGGCGUCUGGACCAGCGAAAGACGGCGUUCAACGAGCGCUUUAACCGGUGCCAUGAUGUCGUGGAGCAGGCAUUCAGCCGACUCAAGGCAAGGUGGCGAUGCCUGACGGCCCGCCUCCCGUUGCGGCAGGAGAACAUUGUCCCGGUGAUAACAGCCUGUGUGGUGCUCCACAACAUUUGUGAGACCAAGGGGCAUGAUUUGUUAGAGGGAAACGAGGAGACAGGCCCUUUGCUGCUGCCAGAUGCUGCCGAUGAGUAUAAGCAAGGUGAUGAUCACCACUUCCGAGAGGGUAAGGAGGUGCGGAACGCAUUGGCACACUACUUUUUCCGGAAUCCCAAUGUGUAA